AUGGAUAAAAGUUGGAUAUGGUCUAAUAACAAAUUAUCAGAAGAAUAUACCAACGGGGUUAGUACUUUUAUUAACCUCGCACGUAGUCACUUGAAUGAUGAGAAUAAAACUCCUUGUCCUUGUACCGAUUGUGUGAACUUCUACUAUCACGAAUUAGAAACAGUAGAGCGACACUUAUGGGUCAAUGACAACGAAGAUUCUGAGGAGGAGGAUGAUGAAAUGUUUGACGUUAUUGAAGAUAUUACUGGAGGAGUAAAUUUUGAAACUAAUCAAAAUGAUGAAAUUGGAGGGGAGGAAACUUAUUACAAUGAACCUACAAAUUUUAAAGAAUUAUUUGACGAAGUAGAGAAAGAAUUAUAUCCAGGGUGUUCACAAUUUUCUUCUUUAACAUUUUUGGUGAAAAUGAUGCAUAUCAAGGUGCUUAAUAAAAUGAGUGACAAAUGUUUCGAUAUGAUACUUGAAUUACUUUGUCAAGCUUUUCCGACUGAUCAUAAGCUGCCAAAGUCUCAUUACGAAGCUAAGCGAAUGUUACGCACUCUUGGAUUGGGUUAUGAGACAAUACAUGUAUGUAAAAAUGAUUGUACUCUAUUUUGGAAAGAAUAUAAAGAUGCUACAGAAUGCCCUACUUGUGGAUUUUCAAGCUACAAACAUAAAGGAAAGAAGAAAAAGAAUGUACCGGUGAAAAAAAUGCAUUACUUUCCAAUUACUCCACGUCUACAAAGACUUUUUAUGUCACGACAUACGUCAGAUGAAAUGAGGUGGCACAAAGAAAAGCGUGUAAAUACUGAAGGUGUACUUAGACAUCCUGCAGAUGGAGAAGCUUGGAAAGAAUUCGAUAAACAAUUUCCAGAAUUUGCAAAAGACCCCAGAAAUGUCAGAUUGGGACUUGCAACCGAUGGAUUUAAUCCAUUUGGAAACAUGAGCACAAGCUAUAGCAUAUGGCCUGUUGUAUUAGUGCCUUAUAACAUGCCCCCCUGGAAAUGUAUGAAAGAAAAUAAUUUCAUAAUGGCAUUAUUAACUCCUGGUCCCAACUCUCCAGGUAAAGAGAUUGAUGUUUACUUACGACCCCUAAUUGAUGAGCUAAAACAAUUAUGGGAGGAAGGGGUAACAACAUAUGAUGUAUCAAAUAAAAAAGAAUUUAUAAUGCGUGCUGCAAUAUUGUGGACGAUAAAUGAUUUUCCAGCUUAUGGUACAAUAUCUGGAUGGAGCACAAAAGGUUACAAUGCAUGUCCUGUUUGUAAUGUGGAUGCUUUGUCGUUUCCCAUAUUAAGUAAAAUUAGUUAUAUGGGGCAUCGUCGUUUUUUGCCAUUAGAUCAUCCAUGGCGAAAAGAUAAACGCUACGAUGGUAAAAUUGAAAGUCGUCCUCCUCCUAAAAUAUUAUCAGAGGAAGAUAUCUUAAAACAAUUGGAAACAGUUGAUCAGUUCAUUCCAGGAAAAAUACCUAAAGACGAUAAUGGAAAAUUGUUAGAAGAAGUCGUGCAAAGGAGAAAAAGAUUAAAGGUUGAUGUGAAUGGUGGAAAAACCCAAAAGAAUAAACCUAUUUGGAGUCGAAAAUGUAUUUUUUGGGAGUUAGAAUACUGGUCAAAAUUAAAUUUGAGACACAAUUUAGAUGUGAUGCAUAUUGAAAAGAAUAUUUGUGAAAGUAUCUACGGUACAAUGUUAUGCAUAGAUAAGAAGUCAAAGGAUACUGAAAAGGCCAGACUUGACUUACAAAGGAUGAACCUACGCAAAGAAUUACACUUGAAGAAACAAGGAGAUAAAUGGUUUAAACCACAAGCAUGUUACACAUUGCCAUUAGUUGACCGGAGAAAAUUUUGUACGUGGUUAGGGUCGGUCAAAUUUCCAGAUGGGUAUGCCGCAAACAUUUCAAGGAAUGUCAAUAUAAGUGAAGGUAAAAUUAUUGGCUUAAAAAGUCACGAUUGCCAUGUUUUGCUGCAAAGAUUAUUACCAGUUGGGUUGCGACCAUAUGUGAAAAAGGAUGUGAUACUUGCCAUUUCCGAGCUCUCAUUAUUUUUUCGAAAGUUGUGCGCAAAAACAUUAUACGUUGAAGACUUGGAUUCACUAGAGAAAGGAAUUGUAAAGUGCUUAUGUAAACUUGAAUCCAUUUUUCCUCCAGCGUUUUUUGAUGUCAUGAUCCACUUAGCAGUGCACUUACCUUCAGAGGCAAAGUUAGGUGGUCCGGUACAUACAAGAUGGAUGUAUCCUAUUGAAAGGUUCUUAGGUUCUCUAAAAAAUUUAGUUAAGAAUAGAGCACGAUCAGAAGGUUCAAUUGCUGUAGGAUAUGUUGGUAAGGAGGCCUUAACUUUUUGUUCGAUGUAUCUUCACGGGAUUGAAACAAAAUUCAAUCGUCCAGAGCGUAAUUGGGAUCUCAGUGAGGUACAAAAUGAAUCAACGUUGUCUGUUUUUGAUCAACCUACAAGGUUAUUUGGUGGAAGGGAAUUUCGCAAUUUAGAACCUAAUGAGUAUAACAAGCUGCACUGCGAGCACAAAGCUUUAUUACAAUCUAAAGGCGUAGUAGACAUCAUUCGAACUCAAGAGUUGGAAUUUUCAUUUUGGUUCAAAGAAAAAAUAAAUGAAAAAUAUAAAUUAUCUCCUCAUCAAAUUACAAAAUCAGUCUUAGCUCUUGCAAGUAUGCCAGAUCAUCGAAUCUUCUCGUAUAAUGGAUGUAUAGUUAAUGGCGUGCGCUAUCAUACUGAAAUUUGGGGCGUCGGACGAACCACUCAAAAUUACGGUGUUUGGGUUGAAGGUGAACAUGGUGGCAGUACGUGUGACUUUUAUGGUGUCAUAACAGAUAUUUUAGAAGUAUCAUAUAUAUAUGAUCAUAAAGUGGUACUUUUUCAAUGUGACUGGUAUGAUACUGAUACCAAAAAGAAAAGAACACACCAAGAAUACCAUAUCACAAGUAUAAAUGUCAGCUCAAAAUGGUAUAAGGAAGAACCUUAUAUUCUUGCCGACCAAGCAAAUCAGGUAUUAUAUUUGGAAGAUGAUAAGUUUGGUUCGAAAUGGAGAGUGGUUGAUAAGGUGAAUCAACGCCACUUAUGGGACGUUCCAGAAGUAAUACUUGAAAGUGUAGAUGCAGAAGAAGAUGGUUCCAAUAGUUAUACAGAAGCUUAUCAAGAAGAGAGAUCAAAUGAUAUUGACAUAACAUUUGAUGAGUCAAACGUCGAAAUUCCUCUUAACCAUCCAAAUGCAGAAUUAAUAGAAAUUAACUCAUCAUACAUUAAUUUUGAAAUAAUUAAUUGUGAUCAAAUUUUGAAUGAAAGUAAUGUAAGGGAAAGCGAUGAUGAUAUAUCAGAUUCUAAGACUGAUAUAGGGGAUAUUGAUAAGAAAUUACAACAUUCUGAAUGUUCAUCUACAGAUGAAAGUGAUGACAGUUUAUAA